GUAGCAAGUGUAGUAAAUGGUAGAAAGAAAAAAACUGCUUUUUGGUGGAGAGAAGAACCUGAUGCCUCUUUUGAUGUGUGAGCGGGUGGCUGCUCUUCCUCUCUCUCCUCUCUAAAAUCUCUCUCAUCUCUCUCCCAAUCUCUCUCUCUAUUCUCUCUCUAUUAUAACUUUAACCGAAACUAGUACACAUCAUAUCAUACAUCUUCAUCUUCAUCCUCUUGACCUUAUUUUACUCCUAUUUUCUGCCCCAGAAAAUAAGAUAAACACAUCUUGAGACUCAACAAGGUUGCUAGCCAGUUGAUGGUACAUGGGUUUAAGAUAAAGAAAGGCAUAAUCUUGAAAUUAAGUAAGGUGGGUUAGGGUGAGUUUUAGAUCUUGCUUCUAGUACUGUUGUUCAAGUGGUGCUGGUUACUGUUAUGCUGAAGACUAAGUAUAAUAGUAAGAUAAUUAGAGUGAGUAGCUCUAGUAGCUGUGGAGAUAAUAAGAAGCUUAGCAGCAGAUGUUAUCCAUUGAAAACCCUCCAUCAGAUCCCCAUCUAAAACUUACUGCUGAUGAUGAUGAUGAUGUUGACAGGAUCCACACUUCUUCUGCUUCUCAGAUAGAAGUAGUAGUAGAUCUGUUCAAGUCUGUGUCUUCUGACUUUGAAGAUAAUCACAACCAAGACAGUAGUAACCCACCUCCCAAAUUUUCCAUAAGAGAUUAUGUUUGUAGUACCCGGAGUAAGGAUAUAGCGACCAACUGGCCAUUUUCAGAGAAGAACUUGCAACUAUGUCAGAAGCAAGGUGUGAAGGAUUUGUUGCCACCUUUUCAGUCUCUUGAUGCAGUGAGAGAGCAGUCUGUAAAAGGAUGUGUUGUUAAUCAUAAUCUGCCAGAUCAAGAAAAUCUAAGCAACUCUGACAGGAAGACUGUAAGGCAAAGCCAUCAACACGAUUCCGUCUUUGCUAAUGGUGCUAGCUGUAAUCAGAAGCUAAACUUGGAUCGUUUGCAUAUUAUUUCAACUGUGUCCGAUCACGGAGACGGAGAAAUUCCAUCUGAAGUUAAACAAUCUCACUCUACAAAAGAUUCAGGAGCUGCAAUCUUGUUAGACUCCUCGACCAAACAAGUCAAGGGUGCAAUUCUUCCAGAAAUUCGCGAGACCGGUAUAAUAAUUCAACAAGAACCUCCGCUUAAGAAGCCUAAAGCAAUUUUGAAGUUGGGUACCUCAGCUGGUACUAGCACAAAAGAAGACAGCACAACUAACAGCUUCAUAAUUUCAGAAAUAAUGGCUUAUAAGGUAUGCCCAAUUUGCAAAACCUUCUCAUCCACUUCCAACACCACCUUAAAUGCACAUAUCGACCAGUGCCUUUCUGGCGAAUCGACUUUGAAGUGGUCGGCAGAUCCCAAGGUGAUUAAGCAUAGAAUAAAGCCAAGGAAGAUGAGAACGAUGGUGGAUAUUUAUGCAACUGCUAAACAUUGCACGCUGGAAGAUCUUGAUAAAAGAAAUGGAACAAACUGGGCAAUGAGCCCGAAUCCAGUUGAUCAAUCAGGUGAGCUGUGUCUUAAAGAGAGGGCGGAAAGAAUGCCAGCUAGUGAUAUCAAGGAGAAUGGUGAUAAAGAAGGUGAAGUCUAUAUUGAUACCAAUGGCACGAAAGUUCGGAUAUUAUCAAAGCACAGUGAGGGGGAUACUGUAAUUGGAAAUUCAAGAGCUCAAAAGGGAGAUAAAGGAAGCAUAUCUCUUGUAGAAAAGAAGAAGAAAAAGCCUUAUAAUGUGCUGAAGCAUCAGAAGUUCCUAAAACUGACUCCUCAUCUCAAGCCAUGCUCUUCGAAGCCACGUCAUCCUACUUUUGAGACACCCGUUGGUUCAAGUAGAAAUAUCGAUGUGGACCGGCCUAGUGAAAAAGAGGUCCAUUUGGGAGAGUGUUCAAAUGCUCAGGAACCAAUUAAACUUGAUGAUUCUGGAAUUAUUAGACAAUGGGUAGGAUCUAAGCGAUCAGGUCCCGCGAAGACCCCUCGUCAAGAUAAUCACCAACAUUCUGGACAUCAUUUGAAGCACUUGGUUGGUGAAAAGGACCAUACAUAUCUGGCUGACUCGUAUGGGGGUAGCAACUGCAUUCUAAAUAGACAACAGUCAUUUAAAGAUACAAUUUCUUCUCAAAGCAGCAAAAGGAUGGAAACUUCAUCAGAUGAACAUGGUACUGAUUUUUGUAGGGGGCAACCACCACUUAAGAGACAAAGGGAGGAGUUACCCUAUUUGAGUUCUAAAGGGGUAGGCUUGGGAAAGAGGUCUGUGAUAUCACCAAAGCAUAAGAAGUUGAGAAAGGAAGGCACUAUUAUGCGUGAUAGCGGCAAUAGUAGUCUAAAUCGUGCAUCUCCUGGAUCGUCAUCUCUGAGCAACAAAGCAGUUAAGAUCAAUACCUCUGAUUCCCUUGUUUUUGCUGCAAAGUCAUCAUGUAUGCAUCAAACAUUAUCAUCAAAAGCAACAAAGUUCACUUCUGCGAGAAAAAGACAUUUCUUCACAAACGAAGGAACUGUGCGAGGAUCCGGAUCCGAAUUUAAGAUGCAAAGCUCAGCUCCUACGAGAUCCAAGGUCAAUAGAAAAUUUGAAACUGAUAGUGAUUUUACUAGGAAGCUAUCUCAUAGUAAUGAUGAUCAUGCUGACAUCACUGAUAAACAAUUUAAUUUGUCAAAUUUCACCGCCAAGAUGUCUCAUAGACAAACAAGAGUUUUGAGAAAAAGAAGGAAUAGUGAUGCUAUGAAGGUCUUCAGUAAGGAAGAUUCUCCUGAUAGUUUGAAGAAUUCGCCACCUGAACCUCCUUGUUAUGAUCGCGGUGAGGGUGAAACGAAGGAAUUUUCUCCUGUAGAUUUUUCCCAGUCCUUAGACAAUUCAGAAGAUUCAGUUGAUGGUGAAGAAUCCGAAAGCGAAGAUCCUCUAGCUUUCAGCAAGCAUAUUGCUACGGGAAAAGCCUUUAAAGAAGGCUUCGGGGGGAGUUUAAAAAGCUCAAGCAACUCUUUAGACCCAGAAUUUCAUGAGUUUCCUACCUCUUCUAGAGCAAGCAAGUCUGAACGUCGUUUGGAGGUAAAUCAGAGGCAUUCAUGCGGACAUCCAAUCAGUCCAACUGACCCAGUUGUUGGUGGUAGACCAGAGUUUUUCUCUGCAGAUAGAGGUGGCCAUGUUAUGAUUGGGGAUAACAGUCAUAUGGAAACACAAUUAGAUACUAAAGAUGAGCAACUCAAUUACUUCUCCGAGGUUGACCCUAUACCUAUUCCAGGGCCACCUGGUUCCUUUUUGCCAAGUCCAAGGCAUAUGGGGUCUGAUGAUCUUCAAGGGAAAUCUUCAUUGAGCACUUGCAAAAUUCAAUUUACAGAAGAUCAUCGUGAUCAUGGUCGGAGGGCUGAGUCUGAUUCUCCUACUUCUGCAAUUUCAGAUAUAUCUAAUCCUACAUUGGAAAUAUCCCAGUCAAAAUCUUCAAAAAGCUUCUUUGAUGAACCUCUUGCUAUUCAAGAUGAGACUAGAAAAGGUUGUUCAGGGGCUGCUCAACUUUCACAAGCACUAAAUGUAGGAGCUGAGCUCUCUAACGUACACACACUGAGAAUCAAUGUCAAUUUUCCUGAAAAAACACCUGUUAGUUUAAACUCUGAACAGUCAUGUUGUUGCUCCCGAAAGGAAGGAGUUGAAGGUGUUCCAGUGAAUUUUCAGGAGUCACAACUGCUAAGGCGGAGGACGAUCUCAUCACUGCCAUCUCCUGAAAAGCACAUGGAGAAUGAUUGUUCUGAAAGGUUUAGCAAUAUAAACUCCAGAUCUGAAACAUUCUCUCUUAGCAACUAUCCCAAUGUAGGACCUGGAACAAUAUUGAACCAUCCUUCAAGGAUAUUAGCCCCGGAACAUAUCGAGAAAAAGUUUUCUGCUGAGCAUGAAUAUGAAUUUUCAAGUCAGAAGGAUCAUGAUUCAGCUAGUCCAUCAGCUUCAACUCCUGUUCUUCGGCUAAUGGGGAAGAACUUGAUGGUGGUCAAUAGAGAUACAGAUGCAUUCCUGCAACAUAGGCAGAACCAUUCAGAUUUGAUGAAUCCACAGCCACAUCUGCAGACCGGUACAGUUGCAAGACUUGCCUCUGGUGGAGUUGAUAGCAAGGACUACCAGUCGUAUCACCAGUUAUAUGCUCAAGGUCCUGUUAACUUUAGCCGGGAUCGACGACAGGAUGCAAUUGGGGGGAAAUUUAAUGUGAAAUAUCCAUAUAUGUGCGGGAGUGAUCCAGAUGCAAAGGCCCCACCAACACACAUCCAAUCAUCUGGACUGACUCCGAGCAUAAAUGCAGCUGAUGCUCGCAAGAGUCCAGUGGAACAAUAUGUGUACAAUGGCGGAAGUUGCUUGUUAAGCGAAGAACAAAGAUCCCGAGAAAGACCGGACAAUUCAAUGACUAAUGGUUUGGAAAAAAAAAUCAGAACUCCUGAGGCCAAAAGCUGGGGUGUGGGUUCAACCUCCAGUAGGGAGAUUAUCAUUAUUGAUGAUGCUACUGAUAUUAAAGUUGAUUCUGCGAUUGGUAUGAUGUGCAAUGAAGAAAUGAGGAGAACUCGGGUGUCGUUAUCUGGGAAUUCAUUUCCAGGGGCCCCUCAUCUUAGCCCGAGGUAUGCAAGUCCUUUUUGCAGUAAUAUGGUAGAAGGUGCAGGUUCCAUCUAUGGUAGGCGACCCGUGGUGCACAAUACGAGUUUCCAGUUGCCGAUUUCAGAUGGAAAUGCAACUCGGCCUUUGAAGUGGAAUGGUAAUCCAGAAGGUUCGAGCUUACUGAAUCCAAGUACCGCUACAUCAUCAUCUCCUAGUCAGCCGAGACCUACAUUUUACUACUAUCCAAGCUAUGCAUGAACCACAAGCUAAUUAUUCUAAAAAAAAGUUUCAAUUCUGUUGGAAUCUCAAUUGCCAAAUCAGAUGGUCUGAUAGCAGCUCUGAUACUAAAUGAAUAAAGAUAUGUAGUUCCUUCGAGAAAGUCGAACUGCAAAAAGAGUAGCAGAUAAGUUCCUGAUCUGGUUUAAUCAUGGUGUGUUGGGUUUUUUCAUUGAGGCUGCGAUGGUAACUAGCUAGGAUAUGUAGCAGUUUUCUGAGACUUUCGAUGUGUAAGCAAAUAUUAAAGGAUUCCUGCAAACUGUUGUGUAAGCACUUUAUAAAAUAAUAGUAAUAACUUAUUUAAUCCUCA